AGAGGCAAAGCGGCAAGAUUCAAGCAUAUAUAAUAAUCAGCUGCUCAUUUAUGAUAUCGUCCCUUGGCAAAUAAAUAUGUCUUCCGGUCAACCGGUGGUCCUGUCCAUGGAAGUGGACGAUGACGAUUCUUUUCAAAGUGAAUACCGAGUACGAAUCGGCAACCAAGUCAAAUAUCUUGUCAUCUCUCCCCAAACCUUCGAUAGAGAUACGCUUUCGUUCCCUAUUCCGUCCCUGCCGGGCCUCCCCUGGUCUGAUGAAUGGACAGUCGCCUACAUCUCACGAGACAAAGAAACGGGCGGCCUGAAGACAUCCCUUUCGAAACGGAAACUCGCGGGCGUCAAGGGUCAAUGGCAUCACACUCUGGUUGAUUGCUUAGAGGUGGAGAAGAGCAAAUCACUCACGGCCAUGGCUUACGAAGCCUCGCAUUCGAUUCUCCCAACCCCCAUGAUCGCCAAGAUCGCUCGUUUCGAAUGGGAGAUUCCUCGUAUCGAACGGGAAACAAGAGCGUAUCAGCUGCUUGAGUCUUCCGGGCUGACUCCGCGCUUCCUCGGGCAUCUCCACGAGAACGGACGCAUUAUUGGGUUUCUAUUAGAGAAAGUAGACGCUCGGCCUGCUUCUCUCCAAGAUUUAGUUGUCUGUGAAACAGCCCUGCGGAAACUCCACGCUUUGGGGUUUUUACACGGGGAUGCGAACCGAUAUAACUUUCUCGUCGGCGAAGAGGGGGUCAAACUAGUCGACUUUGAACGAGUAGAGCAGAAUGCUAGUCUAGAGAUGAUGGACAAAGAGAUGGAUAGUGUACGGAAUGAAUUGAUUGAAGAUUCGGGCCGAGGAGGGGGCUUCAUAUUCGAGUAGUCUUACCAGUAUUGUCUUAGUUAUAGAUUUGAAUAUCUAAAAAUGGAAUACAGAGGAUGAUAUAAGG